ACUGCGCAUGCGCAGUUAUGGACGACAUAUGUUAUGAAGAUCGCGUCCUACAUGUUUUAACGCUGUCUAGCUAAUUUGCGUUUAUACGGAUUUUCCAAACAUAAAGAAUAAUUAAGUUUUCAGAAUGAGAUAUCUAAGCGUCGCAAACAGCCAGUGAAUAUAUGUAUAAAUGGAUAAAGCGUCUCACUCGUUGCAAUGACGCGUCUGUCCACUGUGUGUCAGGCAGCGCCAGAAAGCUGAUUUAUCGCCACCAUAAACUAUAAUGUGUGGUCUAGGAGGGCAGAUGGCAGUCUACCGCUAUCUGAUGGGUUGCUGGCAAGUAUUUCCGUAGUGUAGUUUUUAACGCAUCUUGACCGAGGCUCCUCUGCUUGACUCGUCUGUCCUCAUUUACAGCUAGACAGCCCGAUAUACAUAAUUUCACAUAUCGUUGCAGCAGCCAGUGCAGAUGCGUUUCUCUCCUCCGUUCGUGCGUCCUCUUCGGGCAUGAGAUCCACGUUUAGUGAUACAACACUUCUAAACGGAUCCAGUCAUUAUGUCAAUUCGGUGCAUGCUUUAAAUAUAUCCCUGGACGAUUCUGGCUCGAUAAUACAUGGUCAUACCCACGCUAACGGAGACAAGGAUGUCGAAACGGCUGCGAAAUAGUGAAGUUUGUGCGGACUGCAGCACUUCAGAUCCUCGCUGGGCGUCUGUGAACAGAGGAGUGUUGAUAUGUGAUGAGUGCUGUAGUGUUCACCGCAGUCUGGGUCGCCACAAUUCACAAGUGCGCCAUCUGUCAAACACAUCUUGGCCGCCCACCCAACUACAGAUGGUUCAGACAUUAUACAACAAUGGCGCUAAUGCAAUAUGGGAGCACACUCUGCUGGACCCGUCAUCCAUCAUGAGCAGCAAACGCAAGCCUAAUCAUCAGGAUAAACUCCACCCCAACAAGGCAGACUUCAUCAAAGCAAAGUAUCAAAUGCUGGCUUACGUCCAUCGUUUACCAUGUCGAGAUGAUGACAGUACAGCUGCCGCUGAUCUAAGCAAGCAACUUCACUCCAGCGUUCGAACAGGCAAUCUUGAGACUUGUUUGCGGUUACUGUCUCUUGGGGCUCAAGCUAACUACUUUCAUCCGGAGAAAGGGAACACUCCGCUGCACAUCGCGGCUAAAGCAGGUCAAGUGUGCCAGGCUGAGCUUCUUUGCGUUUAUGGGGCAGAUCCUGGAGCUCCAGACUCCAGCGGCAAAACACCUAUCAACUAUGCAAGGCAGGCUGGCCAUCAGGACCUGGCAGACAGACUGGUGGAAAUACAGUACGAGCUGACAGACAGGCUGGCCUUUUACCUCUGUGGGCGGAAGCCUGAUCACAAGAGUGGACAGCAUUUCAUUAUACCACAGAUGGCAGACAGAAAUGUCAGUGUGGAGUUAACAGAGUUUGCAAAAGCUGCAAAAAGAAAACUACAGUCUCUCAGCGAUCACUUGUUUGAGGAAUUGGCAAUGGAUGUUUAUGAUGAAGUAGACCGACGAGAGACAGAUGCAGUUUGGCUGGCCACUCAGAACCACAGCACCUUGGUAACAGAGACAACAGUUGUGCCUUUCCUUCCUGUCAACCCUGAGUACUCAUCAACACGAAACCAGGGAAGACAAAAGCUGGCAAGAUUCAACGCUCAUGAAUUUGCCACACUUGUGAUCGAUAUUCUAAGUGAUGCAAAGCGACGCCAGCAUGGAAAUCCAGUCCCAAGUCCUAAAGACAAUGUUGAUGUAUUCUUCAAAAGUGGGGGCAGUCGUCAUGGAAGUGAAAGUCAGGAAAUUGACCAGCCAGAUUAUGACAGCGUGGCGUCCGAUGAGGACACCGAUACUGAUUUACGAAUGGGCAAAGCAGACAGAACUAAAAGUCUGGACUCGGAUCUCUCCGAUGGACCGGUUUCCGUGCAGGAGUUUCUGGAGGUGAAAAACGCACUCUCAGCCUCGGAGGCCAAAAUUCAGGAGCUGAUGAAGGCCAACAGUAAUCUGAAUGAAGAGCUGAGAUUAAUGCAGAAAAAGCUGCAGUCUCUGCAAAGCGAGAACAGCUCUCUGAGGCGGCAGGUCUCCGCUCAACAGCCCUAUCAGGCCCCCGGCGGCCCUGACCAUCCCAAUCCCUCCAGUCCCUCCUCCUGUUCCUCCUCCUCCUCUUCCUCCUCUGCCCUGAAACGCCACCUGUCUGCGCGCGCCAGUCGCCCCAUGUCUAUGUAUGAAACCGGCUCUGGCCUGAAGCCCUUUCUUCCCAAGGGCGAGACCCCUUACCCUGAGGAAACCUUCCCCACCCUGCAACCCUUCCCAGCCUAUGCCUCCAAAUUUGACAAGCAGAGCAGCGUGUCUGAUGGCGACUACGACAACACCGUCAACGAAUCUGAUCUGGACGACUCUGGUUUUGGCCGGCGAUGUCGCCUUCGCAGCAGUGGCUGGAUGGGAGAAAGCGGCUCUAUCCCCGAGCUGGAGGACCAUGAGUGUGAGCUGGACCCCAGUCUGCCCAGCACCGAAGACGUCAUACGCAAAACUGAGCAGAUCACCAAGAACAUUCAGGAGCUGCUGAGGGCCGCGCAGGAGAACAAGCACGAGAGUGCACCAUGUGAGCAGAGGGAGAGUGUUCGCAGACUUAGACACAGUCUGGGUUGUUUCAGCACACUGGUGCCUUGGGCAGACAAACCCCCGUCUCCCAUGCAGCCCCUUGGCCUCAGAGCUCCCCAUCCAGCCAACCCCAACAACCCUGCCUCCUGCUUUGUACCCUGCGCAGAAAGAAUACAUGUGGCUGUGAAUGAGAUGGCGGCUCUGUUCCCCAAGAGACCACGUUCUGAGACGGUCAGGAACUCUCUGCGGUUAUUAACGUCCAGUGCGAAUCGGCUCCAGACCGAGUGUAAGAAAGCGUCUCCUCUGGAGAGCAGCCAGGCCUCAGACAUGCAGUUGGUCACUCAGCAGGUCAUCCAGUGUGCUUACGACAUCGCCAAGGCUGCAAAGCAACUAGUUACUAUAACCACCAAAGAGAACAACUGAUCCUACUUCCACCUGAAAUGCAAUCCUGACUAUUUUAGUUAUUAUAUAAUUUUUUUUAUUUAAUCUAAGCUGUAUUUGCAUGUUUUAAGUUCUGAUUUAAAGUGUAUGUUAUCAAUGUAUCAUCGUCUGGCUUGAAGCCAUAAGAUAAAGCCUCUUGAGGGUGUUGUAAGGAUGUGUAUAUGUGUUGACCUGUGAAAGUGAGUUUGAUUAGAUGGCAAGUUGAGAAAUUUGAGCAGAAAUGUAUUCGCAAUGGAGCAGCCUAUCAUGUACUAGAUGUAAAAAAAAAUGCCUGACUCUUUGCACUAUUCUGAAAACUUUGAACCUCUUCAUAAUCAAAUAUUUAGUUCACCAUUUGUGGAUGGAUGUGGAUGUUUUUUAAUCAUCAUCAUCAUCAUCAAAGCCUUUCAAUUCAAUGAUAAUCUAUAUUGUAUCAUAAAUAUGAACUGUAAUCUGUCUGUAUAAAAACAACAACAACAACAUUCAGGUAGUGUGGUCGAGUAGGCCAAGAUUAGGUACAGUAUAAAUGUAAAUAUAUGUUAUUAUUAAGUAUUACUCCGAAUUCUCACAACGUCAGGUUAAAUGCUGUCUCAGAUGAAUCAUAAUUCAGAUUUAUAGAGUAGAAUAAAUGUACAAAUAUAUAUUAAGAAAGAUAUGAGAAUGUUAAUUCAACCAAGUUGUAGGGUGUUUGUUAGAUUUGGAUGUACUUUGGACACACAAUGGGCACAAAAAGUACACUUAGAUCACACCUUUGUAAAAUAUUAUUUAUAAACUAUUUAAGUUUUAUACAUUGUUAACCAGGUGGCUCAGUUUAGCACAGUCGCUUCACAGCAAGAAUUUCGUUGGUUCGAGUCCCAGCUGGGUCAGUUGACAUUUUUAUGUGGAGUUUGCAUGUUCUCCCCAUGUUCACGUGCGUUUCCUGUGGGUGCUCCGUAAGUCCAAAGAAAUGCG